UGGUUGACGGAGCUGUUGUUUUUUUACGUGUGCGUAGCAUUAAUUAUAAACAUCAGCGUUUGAGGAUGUAUAUCACUCGUACGGUGGUAGCUCGCGGUAGUGUGAUUUAACUAUUUUGCUUAUUUUAGACUAGUCCUUGUAUUUAUUUGGUUAGAAACUAAUCAAAUUAACUAAGACAAAAGAAUCAUUAACCAUAUUGUUGAAAAGUUCAUUGGCCUGCAGGCAUAGACAUUUUAAAAAUAUGGCACAUGCGAGGAUGUUUUCCUUAGGAUCCAUCAUCUUCUUGUGUUGUUGUUUUCCAAGUCUCGCUCACAGGGAACAUGAAAAAGGUUUUGAUGAAGACCACGAUGCCAAGAUCGUCAGGACACGGCUGACCAGAUCGAGAUCGCCUAUUGUGGUCGAGUGGGUAGAGCACGUACACCGGACCAGGAGGGCGACGUUCAAUGACACAGCCAAGAACUGGCCCCACGAUAUUCCUUACGUCAUUCACAAGGCGUACACAGGUGACCGCAUGACCUUGAGACUGGUGCUGGACUACAUCUCUAGCCGCGUGUGUCUCACCUUCCAUGACGUCACGAGCACCUAUGACUCUAAAGAUCCCACCUGGUUCACCAGCCACGGGUUCAAAACCAACUCGUACAUGCACUUUAAGCAAAGCAGUGGGUGUAACUCAGGUCACGGCCAGGGUACGAACCCAGGACCUCGAGUCGUCAAUGCCUGUAAUGGUUUUGGCAUCAACCUGCACGAGAUCCUCCACUCCCUCGGGGUCAUCCACACCCAAUCAGCCGCCAACAGAGACCUCUACAUGACCAUACACGAGUCGGACAUCAAGAAAAAUCUUGUAUUCGCCUAUGAGAAAAUCACCGAUACCACACUAGUGAACGAUUACUUUGAUCCGGACUCGAUUAUGAUGUAUACUGACAGGACGUGGCAUUUGAUGGGCCUGGAGACAUACAUGCCAAUUAGAGAUGAUUUCUUCAACUCGGCACCGCCAAUGUCAGCAGAAAAUGUGGUUUUCUACGAACUGUCCCUCAUAUACAGGUGUAACGAACUAUUCUGCAACAACGACCAGACGGACUGUGGCCCAGGCUACCACACGUUGAUCAAUGGACGGUGUCGCUGUGUCUGUCCGGAUGAGUUGGAUUACAACACCAAUUGUAGGACACACAUUGAUGGACCAACACAGAACGUCUCGUGGCCUGAAACUCAAAUUGUCCUGUAUGGAAGUGAGCGCUGCCCGACGGGAUUCGAUCCUACACCAGCCCGUCUGCCAGUGUCAGGACGGUGGGCACCGACCAUAGAUUCUGCGCCAGACAAAUAUUCUAAGAAGGACAGAACCAUGACCUUCCUCAUGUGUAAAAAAUCGACCCCAGUAAACCCUGCUGAUGUCAAAUGGAAUACAUGGCCCAGGGGAGGCGAAUAUUGUAUCGUCAAACCUAAGGGACAAGAGUGUGGGGGAGUUUUUGAGGACGGUGGUCUAGAAUUUAAGACGAUAGAAGAGAGCCACCCAAUAGGAGACAUCGGCAACAUCACCAUCAACGGCACCAUCGUCAGGAUCAACUACUGCUGUAGGGACAAAGAACAUUACGGGCUAGUGGUCGAACUGCCCAACUCAGAGCCGUUCAAACUAGUGGCUAAAUACCACAAGUGUCCGGUAGUUCAAGGUAUGAAAAGCACCUACUCCAAGAUUACAACUUGGACGGAACAUUCUCUAAAGUACGGCCCCGAACCACCCCUCAGUUUCUUCUACAAGACGUCGUUCCUCCACUACCUGUGUCACUACCAGCCGCCAGUAUACGGCUGCAGCCAAUUCGUCACUCUGAACAGCACUCACAAGUCAGUGACCAUCACUACACCUGGGUUCGGAUCCAAGAGGGAGCCAGACAGGCGGUGUUUUUACAGUUUUACUGUACCUGCUGGUUCCAGACUGAAGCUGACCUUGAACAAGUUUGACCCACACGUCAAGGACGAGUUCCUCAUCAAGCGAUUCCACAAGUGGCAGGACCCUAUCCUCAUCAACGGCGACUACCAACCCUAUCAGUUGGUCAGUGAGGGAGACUACUUGUCUCUACAGUACUGGGCUUCAUGGGAGAAAACCAACAACAGGGGAAUUAACUUCACGGUGGAUGUUGUGCUCGCUGAGGAGAUGUGUUACGAUGUGGCGACAAAAGGGGCAGACUACUACGGUGAGAAAUCUGUUACAGAAACUUUCGAGCCUUGCGUCCCUUGGGAGAAAGCCACAUCUUGUGAUGACUUCCCCUUUGAUGGUUUCAAAGGGAUUUCCCUAUUAGAAAGCGGAAGUAGCUGUAGAAAUCCCGGCGGCUCUCUCCUUCAGCCUUGGUGUUAUACUUUUGUCAGGGGCAGCGUUUGUCAUAAACGUUAUUGUGACGUCUGCAGCUUUAAGGCCCCAGUAGAUAUACUGAGCAAGAGCACAUGUUCCACGCUGAAAAAGAAUGUUCCAGAGUUUUGCAGCAGCGCCGUUGAACGCUACGGAUGCUUUAGCACGUGCGAGUUUUCUAACCCAAAUUACAUAUCAGCCACAUGCAGCCCACCCAGCCUACCAUCUGAUGUGUACGCCGCUGGAGGAUUGAAGAGUGUGUACAAGGUAGGGGAGGUCAUCAACGUGACUUGUACAACUUCCGGUUCUUUAGUCAACAUCAUCAGAUGUACCAAAACUGGUUGGUCGGGUCAGGCGCUAAACUGUAGUGCGACUGGCUCAUGCGACGAUGAAUAUCAAAACUGUAAAAAUAUUCUGGCCAAAUUCCCGGAGUUCUGCUCAGAUAAAAGAUCGAAGAAUUCGGCCUUGACCUACUGCAAGAGGUCAUGUGGAGGGUGUCCAGUGGCCAUCCAGUGCUCUGAUCCUGUAGGGACAACUUACACCAGAAAAUCUCAAUCAGCUGUUAUCUCCCCUGGUCAGGCAAUGACCUUCACCUGUAAGGAUCAUUUGUAUCACGUGGGUGGUGACUUACACAGGGCGUGUUCUACUUCUGGCACCCUGCUGGGAACUGAACCCAUUUGUCAAAGUACACCAUCACCUGUUGACAUCCACCUGGAAAAGAUCAGAGACCGCAGGGAGACUUUACCUGAGAAACUGGCCUUUCUCAUGGACAUCGACGACUACACAAUCCCUUUCGACGGCAACAUAACCAGAUGGUACUACUACUGCGAGAAGAAAGGAACCCUGAACUUUAUUGUCUUCAGACCAUCGGGGUCAAACUACACCCACCUCGGUACCAACAGUCUCAAGUGUGAGCCGAAAUGGAUCAGGACCUUCAACGUUCCUGUGGGGAGUCAGAUACAGGUCAAAAAGAAUGACGUGGUCGGCGCCUACUCCCUCAACCCCGACACACUCAGCGUCAGCAACUGUGACUCAGCAGAGGUCAAGGUCAUGCCUAUUCCCGCCGAGGCCGUGACGUCACUUCCUGUGCUGCAGUCAAAAACAAAGUUCAAGAGCAAGCAGUGCCUGGUGCCCUCCAUGGGGUUCAGAGUGGAGCCAAACUAGAAUCUUAUUUUUUUUUAUAUCAAUCUUUUUUUUUCUUUUUGGUUUUUAAGUUUUGUCAAAACAAACAUUCCAACAAUACUUCGACAGAACACUCUCUACACCUCUUCUAUAUACACACAGAGUUACACAUUCAAAGAGUUUGAUCGAAAUGAUUUUGAUUUAAAACACGCAAAAACAAUUGACCGAAAAAUGAUACAAAUUAUAAAAACAAUAUAAAAACAUUUUAAAAAUAGGCUUUAACCGAAAGUAUGAAAAUUAAACUAAUUUACUGUCUUUAAUAAAAUUACCGGUCUCCCAAAAAGUGUCGAAGAUUUUCAUUUGAUUAGCCCGUAUCGUCAGCAAGGAGAUAGAUACAUCAUGCAAGCCAAUACUUAUCAUAAUUAUAGACCAAAUGCUAUCCCAAAACCCUAACUAUUGAGAGUUGGACUAUUCAGGCCUUAGAUGCAGAUUUUAACAAUAUAUGAAUUUUUCAAUUUAAUUUUGAACUAAAACGUGAUUAUAUGUUCUGAUUUGUAUCUGUCUAGUAGUAAUUCCUUACAUUUGUUAUAGAUUAAUACUUACUUACUAAAAAUAAAUAAUAACAAAACAAUACAAACAGAAUAGUACCGUUAAAAGACAGUUAACAUUGAAAAGUUUCAAAACAUGUGGUAUAAUUACACACGAUACGGAUCUCUCACCUCUACCAUAAUUUAUUUCUUAUCUACACAGUGAGUACAAACUCUUGCGAUUCUUUUAGUACAAUAUUUUCCGAAUAAAUAAAAUACUUUCAAGGAAAUGAUCACCCGCCCCCCUGUUCCCCCACUUGCUAGCUUUUGUGUUGUGUACAGUAGAAGCAGUUUAAUAUUGCUCAUAAAAUACACGCUGCAUGUUUUUUUAAAAAUCAAACUUACACAAUUAAAUAGCAUACACACUUCAAUCAAAUACCACACACACUUUGAUCACAAUUUGAGCAUGCACCGUACACACAUCUGCUAUAUACUGUACACACUUUGAACAUGUACCGUACACACUGAGCGAGGUCCCCCACUUUACACACGAUACCACCACAGUGAGCGUGAGAAACCUAACACCACCAAUUACUCACCACGGUAAAAUGUAUGCAGAUUCUCAUCCACGUACUCCCAGAGUUAAAUACACACUAACCGUACAUAAAACUUCAAAGCCCUUGUGUAUAAAAACUAUAUCUCCAUCAUAUUUAGAUGCGGAUUUCGGCAAUUAAAACAAUUAUUAAUAAUUAGUAAUUAAUUGGGAAAUUGAUUUAAUAAGCUAAUUUAGCUGUAUGAGUUACAUCUAUCUGAGGUCGUUGUGGACUCAACGUUAACUUGGCUUGAUUUUUUUUUUGCAUUGAAAACGAAAA